GAACACUCUGUACAGAGUCUUUGAUUGCAAACUCAAGACGCGAUCGCGAGUUACACUAGUUGGUCUGUUGGCUUUCCGCGGCAACUUCAAGUAGUAUCCACUGGUGAAAAGGUUUUAGAAAAGUCAGUUCGAUAAUUAUAGAGCAAACAGUGAAGGAAGUACGAAGAACUAAAAUACGGAAACCAGCACCGAUCGAGAUAAUCCUUUCUAUAGAUCUCGAUUUAUGGUAGCUCAUAAUCGCGGGGAAGAUCGAAUAUCGCGAAAAUUUCUAUCAUUAAUUGGACAGUGUUAGGUUGUUCAUAUCCAUUCUGCUGAGAUAUCUUAAAAUUUUAGCUAACUUGUGAGCAAGUGAUCUUUACUCCAGUGCAUUGUUUCCCGUAAAUAUAAAACUAACUAAUCAUUCAGGCAAACGAGCAAAGUGAUCAGUUUACGAAAGACUUGCAAUAGUAAUUUGAAUCUGAAGUGAUCGUUAAGCGCAGAGCUCAGGAGAUCAGUAGAAUUGAUCCAGUGGAACAAGUUCUUUGUCUAGAAGUGAGAAAAAAAUGUACAAUUAGUCAACGGAGUCUUGCAUGCAUAGUGCAAGUUAAUUAGCGAAAAGAAAGACAAACGAAUCCAUUACCUGAACUAAUUUGGAACCAUUUCAAAAAGAUCGACCUGGCGCUAUCUGAAAAGUGGAACUGAGAUCGAAAUCAGGAUUUUUUCGGACCAAACGCCAAAAAACAGAUUUUAGAUACUUUUUAUUGAAAAAAUUGUUAGAAAUUUGGUAUAACAAUGUUUCACAACAGUGGACCACCGAAGUUUUCUGUGAUAUUAGUAGGAAUACUUGUAGCACUAAUUGGAUUAUUUAGUUUAGUCAAUCAAAUAAGUGCCCUUGACAAUGGACUGGCCCGUACACCACCUAUGGGGUGGCUAUCGUGGGAACGGUUCCGUUGUAACACGGAUUGCGAUGGAGAUCCAGAAAAUUGUAUUAGUGAACGGCUUUUCCGUACAAUGACUGAUUUAGUUGUAUCUGAAGGAUAUGCUCAAGCCGGAUAUUCAUACAUCAAUGUCGAUGAUUGCUGGCUGGAAAAAUCACGUGGUCCACAAGGACAACUAGUGGCUGAUCGGAAACGUUUCCCAAGUGGAAUGAAAGCACUUUCAGAUUACGUCCAUGCUCGUGGCUUGAAAUUCGGUAUCUAUCAAGAUUUCGGAAACUACACCUGCGCUGGAUAUCCAGGCAUUAUUGGAUAUUCUCAUUUGGAUGCCAGAUUGUUCGCUGACUGGAAUGUUGACUACGUAAAACUUGAUGGAUGCUAUUCACUUCCUAUUGAUAUGGAUAUUGGUUACCCUGAAUUCGGACGUUUAUUGAACAGUACCGGCCGCCCAAUGGUUUACUCAUGCAGUUGGCCAGUAUAUCAAAUUUAUGCGGGAAUAACUCCAAACUAUGCAUCAAUUAUCCAACAUUGCAAUUUGUGGAGAAACUUUGACGACAUUCAAGACUCAUGGGCCUCUGUUGAAAGUAUUAUUGAUUACUAUGGAAAUAACCAGGAUGCUAUUGCUCCUAACGCUGGACCUGGACAUUGGAAUGAUCCUGAUAUGUUAAUCAUCGGUAACUACGGUCUCAGUUAUGAACAAUCAAAAACUCAAUUCGCAUUGUGGGCUAUCCUUGCGGCUCCUCUUCUUAUGUCUGUCGAUUUGAGAACCAUCCGUCCAGAAUACAAAGCUAUCUUACAAAACCGCAAAAUUAUCGCUGUUGAUCAAGAUCCCUUGGGAAUUCAAGGACGUCGCAUCUACAAGCAUAAGGGCAUUGAAAUUUGGUCAAGACCAAUUGCACCAAUCUACCAAACUUACUAUUCAUACGCUGUAGCAUUUGUCAACCGACGAAGCGAUGGUACCCCAUCAGAUGUUGCUGUUACCUUAAGGGAGCUAGGUCUUACCUCUCCAACUGGAUACAGGGUUGAGGAUCUUUAUGAAGAUGUAGACUAUGGCGUGCUUAGCCCACAAACCAAAAUCAAGGUUAAGGUUAACCCAUCCGGUGUAGUGAUACUCCGUGCUGAUGUUCAACCUGAAAGAUUUUCAAGAGCGCCAUUCAAUCCAUUGACGUAUUUCCGCACGAAAAAAUAGAAAGGAUACCUAGGCCAGAUCAGAGUUUCUGAUCUGAUUUCAAUUGAUUUUAUCUACAUGUAGCUUUAAAUGUAUUUUAACUAUACUUUAUUUUAGCCUUCUUUCCUUCAGAUUGUAUCAUUUUUCGUUGUAUUUUCCGAAUUUCCUGUUUUCUUAGCAUUCCGUACUAGCGUUAAGUAAUAAAAGGAGAGAACAUUCUUGAAAUCUUGUAAGGGAUUCGAACGAAGUGUAAUGUUUAUAAUAUUGUAGUAGUUUCCUAUAGAUUUUUAUAUUAUGAAAAAAACAACACUUUCUUGCCUGUAAAUAUGGUAGAAGCUCAUUUAUUUGGAUAUGCAUGAAUUUUGAGCAAUUUUAUUUCGACUACUAAAUUCAAUUCAAUUCAUUUUCCUAAAAUAUGAAGAAUAAACCAAUCCUAAAUUGAAUCUGAAUUAUAUUUUGUAAGUUGGUUUCGAAAGGAUAUUCACUCUAAGCGUUGUCAUUCAAAUGCACAUUCCCCAAAGAAGAACCCACUUCAUUUUGAACACUUUUCGUGACACAUAUCAAUCACCAUUGAAUCAAGACUGUUGUCAGUAAUAUCAAUUUAUCAACUCCAUUCAUUCAAAAUUUUGAUUCAUAUGAGAAAUUUCGCUUCCAUGAAGAGUGCAUUGUUAAUUCUUAAUCACGAAAUAUUUAUUGGCUAAUGAAGCUGAAUUCAAUUUGAAGUAUUCCAAAUAGCAAAGCUCUCUACUGCCAUCCGGAGUUUUAAAUAAAAUGAUAGAGUAUUAGAGAGGAACAAAAAGAGCGAAAAGUACGGGAAAAUAAUAGCAAGACAAACCUUAAAGUAUAAGUAAGCAUUUUAUUUAGUGAAAUUGAUGACUCUAUAAAAUAAAUAUUUCUUAUUUUAAAGUAUAUUUAAAUAAUAUUAAAAGUAAUUGUAAUUGAUCGAUAUGAAAAAAAUUAUUGUUGUGCCAGCUGUCUGAGUACAAGAUGUGUGAUUUCAUCAGAGAACAAGAAAGAAUAUUACAGAAAACUUGAAAAUGUGCUUUUUUUAAAUAAUUAAGAAACUAUAAAGAUAAAAGUGCCAAAAAAAUAUAAAAAAAAAUAAAAUAAAAAAUAUUGCGCUUUGA